GCGCGGCGGGUGCAGCCUGGCGGGCUCGGAAAUCCCCGCGGGGGCGGGCGCGGGGGCGGGCGCGGAGUUCCCCCAGCCGCCAGGAAAGCACCCGGGAGGGCGGAGCGGGGUGGCGCGGGGCGGCGCGAGCGUGCAGGAGCUUAAAAGGUGGCGGAGCCUCCAGCCCGCGGUGCAGCCGGGCCUCGAGAGCUGCCCGGAGAGGAGCCGCCGCACCGCCCGCGGGCGCGCGUCCGCCUCGGCGCAGCAGGUUUUUACAGACGAGGUGGACUGUCAUACUUCUCCAUUUUUCCAUUUUUCUCCUUAGAAAUCAAAACAUCUCAGAAUGGAGACCUAAAAGCCUUAGAAGGGACUUAGUCUACUCUCCGGGAGGUAGUUUUGUGCAUGCAUAAACAAAUGAAGUAGCAAAUUAGAGGUUUUUUGGUAUCUAAAAAAAUGUUGGUUUUGAAACUAUGAUCAAGUCAUGCAAGGUGUAUCUGUAAUGAAUUUGACUUUGAAUUUGAUACGUGAAUUGGGAUAUGGAAAACUGACUGCAGCUGGGGCAGGUUGCUGAGGUGUCUUUUACAGUUGGCCACCUCUCUCUUGCUGCUAGAACAGAAGUACCUGUGUUGGCUGAAGAUUGAAAAAAUGAAUGAUAGUUAUCUGGAACAGAGCGUCCAUUUGCACCCCCCUGCUAAGUUAGAGAAACAUGCAGGUGAGAGCUUUGACAUGUUAAGAGGCUUCUAUAAUGACAAACAAAUGAUAAAGAUAGAAUUAUUUAAUAAGUGUAGCAAAUUUAGAGACGUGGGAAGAUAAACAUGCUAAUUGGUGAAGAAAUUAUUUGACCAGUCAUGACACUCGAUAUUUUUAAAAUCUAAAAGUUAGUUUGUUCAGAUGGGCUCUUACAGACUCUGAGGAAGCUUAAGAGUCUAAGAACAAUCGCUGGAUAGUUAUGUUUUAGUAAAUGACCAGACUUAACCCAGAAAGGACAUCUUUACACAGACGGUAGUGAGCACCAUGAUGGUUUUUAUAGCAAUGUGUAAAAUUACCGACCAGUGAAUCACAGACACACUCGCUUACCUCUGAAACAAAUGGCGCAGCCCUAUUUCUCCUGCCACCUAGAAAUAAGUGUCGGGGUAUUAGGGAGCCCCAACAGCUGAGGGACCCAGAAAAAACAGGCUUCUGCAGCACAGCUAGGAAACCACCAGGACUGGUGUGCUUGAUGCAGAAUCUAUUGUCAUUCAUGACUCGUGACAAGGAGCAUUAUUAUUGCUAUUGUUUGUCAGUGUCCAUUCUGUGUCGAGGUGUGUUAUCUGUAGGGCAAUUUCUGACCCCAGUCAAAUUUGUAAACUUCCUUUAUCCAUCUCAGCCUAUAGAUCCAGGAACCUUUAUCCAUCUCAGCCUAUAGAUCCAGGAACCUUUAUCCAUCUCAGUCUGUAGAUCCAGGAACCUUUAUCCAUCUCAGCCUAUAGAUCCAGGAACCGGAAUUUUGAUGUCUGCAUCCACUAUCAAUAGAUGCCAUGUUGGUUCUUGAUUAUCAUGAAGCUGAGUCUAAAAGACCAGUUUUGAGCAAAUACACUCAUCUCUGAUAAUUUAUUUGGAAUAAAAUAUUUAACUUGCUAAGAUCAGAUGGUAUCAUCAUGACCAAGCCAGCAGGUCUUGACAUCUGUGGGAAGUGGUAUUUCAUGAAUCUUGAAACCAGGGCCUCAGGUCAAACAACUUAGUGCCAAGUUAGGGAAAAAUACUCAAUUGGAAAGUCAAAGAUACACUGUAUUUCACUGACUAUGAGAUGGCAUCCAGUUACAAGACAGACCUUUUUUUUUUUUUUAUAUACCUCUCAGAAAUACAAAUGCUGCUAAUUAAAAUGUGACAUGCAGUUAUUUUGAGUCACCGCUUGAGAACAGAAGAGUUAAGACAUGCAUCUUAGAGAUAGUGAAAUGUGGAAGUGCAGAGUUUUCCUCUUUUGAGGUAGGCCUUUGGCUUUGUUUCUGGUCACCAAAUUUCACAAUUUCAGAAAAACCAAGCAAAUGUAGUUCAAAUAUUUUUUUUAGAAUUUGCUUUCUCCCACAAAACCAAACUAAAUGUUUGAGUGAGAUGCUUCAUUUUCAGGCUGGCCUAGUGGCCUUGGAGCCUCCUGGUGGCCUGGAGAUUGACAUUAAACAUGGCAUCUUGAGGGCGUAAGGCACGACAUACUUCUCAGAAAGGUUUUGAUUUUGCCAGUGGGUGCUGUGUAGCCUCAUGUUUGCAUUGUAUGUGUGAAGGUCAUGCAGAGGUCUCGUUGUGCAGAAUUGUCCCUUAGACUCUAUCUCCAUGCUGAAACAACAGCAGUGAAAAAGCUAGCAAACAAGAAUGGUGACUUCCUAUUCUAGGUGUUGACCCUCAAGUUAAAAGUAGCAGAACCAAAGGCUGUGCACAAAACUACCUCCCCAGAGACAGACUAGUCCCUUUCUCUCCCCAUCCGCCUCAUUAUGAACAUAGUGGAAAAUAGUGAGUUCUUAUCGAAUUUAAUGAGAAGCGCCAACACGUUCGAGUUGAAGUAUGACCUUUCGUGUGAGCUGUACCGCAUGUCUACGUAUUCAGCUUUCCCCGCCGGCACCCCUGUGUCGGAAAGGAGCCUUGCUCGCGCUGGCUUCUACUACACUGGCGUGAAGGACAAGGUCAAAUGCUUCUGCUGUGGCCUGAUGCUGGAUAACUGGAAACCAGGAGACAGCCCUGUUGAAAAGCAUAAGAGGUUGUACCCCAGCUGCAGCUUCGUUCAGAACCUCAAUUCAUCAACCAUUUGGGGAGCCUCCUCUCUGCCCGCUUCUUCUUCAGUAUCUCAUUCCACACACUCAUUACUUCCAAAUGUGGGAAAUAGUGGCCAUUUCAGCAGUUCAUGUUUGAGCCUGUUAUCAAACCCUGUGAACACCAGCUCAAACCAAGACUUUUCUGCCCAGAGGACAAGUUUCCACCAUGGCGCAAUGAGCACUGAGAAGGCCCGGCUACUCACUUUCCAGAUGUGGCCUCUGACCUUUCUGUCCCCGGCAGACCUGGCCAAGGCGGGCUUUUACUACAUAGGGCCUGGAGACAGAGUGGCCUGCUUUGCCUGUGGUGUCAAAUUGAGCAACUGGGAGCCAAAGGACGAUGCCAUGUCAGAACACCUGAGACAUUUCCCCAGCUGUCCGUUUUUAGAAAGCCACAUUCAAGACGCAUCACCGUACACCGUUUCCAACCUGAGCAUGCAGACACACUCGGCUCGCCUGAGGACCUUCCUCAGCUGGCCGGCCAACGUACCAGUUCAUCCUCAGCAGCUGGCAAGCGCAGGCUUCUACUACGUGGGUCACAGUGAUGACGUCAAAUGCUUCUGCUGUGAUGGUGGACUCAGGUGCUGGGAGCCUGGAGAUGACCCGUGGGUGGAACAUGCCAAGUGGUUCCCAAGGUGUGAGUUCUUGAUACGAGUUAAAGGACAAGACUUUAUCAGUCGGGUUCAAGCCAAUUACCCUCAUCUUCUUGAACAGCUCUUAUCUACUUCAGACAAUCCAGAAGAUGAAAAUGCAGCGUCACCAAUUAUUCAUUUAGGACCUGGAGAGAGCUCUUCAGACGAUGCAGUCAUGAUGAACACACCUGUGGUGAAAGCUGCCUUGGAAAUGGGCUUCAAUAGGAACCUGGUGAAACAGACAGUUCAGAGUCAAAUCCUGACGACUGGGGAGAAUUUCAAAACUGUCAGUGAUCUUGUAUUAGGUUUGCUUAAAGCAGAAGAUGAGAUAAGAGAAGAGGAGAAAGAAAGGGCAGCUGGAGAAGAGGAAUCAGAUGAUCUGUUAUUAAUCCGGAAGAAUAGAAUGGCACUUUUCCAGCAUUUGACCUGUGUGCUUCCAAUCCUGGACAAUCUGUUAACUGCCAGGGUAAUUAAUGAACAAGAACAUGAUGUUAUUAAACAGAAAACACAAACAUCUUUACAAGCAAGAGAACUGAUUGAUACUGUUUUAGUAAAAGGAAAUUUUGCAGCCACCAUAUUCAAAAACUCUCUACAAGAAAUUGACCUCACAUUAUACAAGCAUCUAUUUGUUGAAAAGGACAUAAAGUAUAUUCCCACAGAAGAUGUUUCAGAUCUGCCACUGGAAGAACAGUUGAGAAGACUGCAAGAAGAAAGAACAUGCAAAGUUUGCAUGGACAAAGAGGUGUCCAUAGUAUUUAUUCCUUGUGGUCACCUAGUGGUGUGCAAAGACUGUGCCCCUGCUCUAAGAAAAUGUCCUAUUUGUCGAGGUACAAUUAAGGGUACAGUACGUACAUUUCUUUCAUGAAGAUCUUAAGUUUUGCAAUUGAUGGACUAAGUGUAUUGCAGUUUAAAAUUUUAUACUGAUUUGGCUAAAGAUUGUAAAGUUUUACUUAAAACUCAGACAUUUCAUAUAUUUCUAUAUCUAAAACAUUGUGAAUGUUUUAGGCUUUUGUCCUUGUGAACAAAAAAUAGGGAAAGCACUACAAGCAUUAUACUAACUAAAAAUAUUAGCACAGUCAGUAAGUGAAGUAAAAUGGAAGGGUUUUGAGUUAAGCUUUCAGAAUUUUUAAUAUUUUGGAAUUGUAUUAGGAACCCAGAUCACAGAAUCUCUAUGCCAUUUUCAGUAAGUGUGCUGUACAUAGGUCUAGGCAUUUGUUGUUUUUUAGGGACAUGGCAUUUUUAUUCAAAAUUUUGUGAGGUAUAUUUGAUUUCAAUAAAGCAAUCAAAUUAC